GGUCACGGCCAUUCCUGCGAGUGUCGUUGCCAUUUCAAGGAGCUGCCACGAUUCUCAAGUGUCGCCCCGUGCCGCCAUGCUGUCGUGCUGCCGUGCUGCCGUGCUGCCGUGUGAGGGAGGAGCUGCCGCCAUCGCCCGGGAGACGGGGGCAUGGGUGGAUGGCAAGGAAGAAGGUGGAAGCAGGAGGCAGCAUCGGCGAGCACGUCCUGGCGAGGGGGAUGGUGGCGGGAAGCAUACCGCGGAGGUAGACAUUGCGCCUGCUCCGAAACGGGGGAGAGGACGACCGAGAAACAAGGAGAAUGAAGAAAGAAAAGCAGCAGAGAAAGCUGCGAAGAAGGCGUCUGCAUCUGCAAAGAAAAAGAGUUCUGCUGCAAAGAAAAAAGCAGCAGCAGCGAAGAAAAAGAAGGGGAAAGUCGUUGACGAUGACAACACCCCUCCGUGUUCGGCUUCAUCAUCGUCAUCCUCUGAUGAUGAUGACGGUGAUGAUGAUCGUGAUGGUGAUGAUGAUCGUGAUGGUGAUGAUGAUCGUGAUGGUGAUGAUGAUGGUGAUGGUCAUGAUGAUGGUGAUGGUGAUGACCGGGAACAGGACGGAGGUUCUGAAUCUUCUGAUGAUGAGGAUGAGACGGGGGCAUGGGUGGAUGGCAAGGAAGAAGGUGGAAGCAGGAGGCAGCAUCGGCGAGCACGUCCUGGCGAGGGGGAUGGUGGCGGGAAGCAUACCGCGGAGGUAGACAUUGCGCCUGCUCCGAAACGGGGGAGAGGACGACCGAGAAACAAGGAGAAUGAAGAAAGAAAAGCAGCAGAGAAAGCUGCGAAGAAGGCGUCUGCAUCUGCAAAGAAAAAGAGUUCUGCUGCAAAGAAAAAAGCAGCAGCAGCGAAGAAAAAGAAGGGGAAAGUCGUUGACGAUGACAACACCCCUCCGUGUUCGGCUUCAUCAUCGUCAUCCUCUGAUGAUGAUGACGGUGAUGAUGAUCGUGAUGGUGAUGAUGAUCGUGAUGGUGAUGAUGAUCGUGAUGGUGAUGAUGAUGGUGAUGGUCAUGAUGAUGGUGAUGGUGAUGACCGGGAACAGGACGGAGGUUCUGAAUCUUCUGAUGAUGAGGAUGAGCGCAUGAACAGAUUGGUUGUCAUAGUAGCUCAGUGGGCGCCAGGGGCUGUAUGGAUGAGGUUGAGGGUUCCAAUCUGAUCAGGCGGGCUAGAUAGCUGGGAUGCGGGCAGGGACAUCAUGGAGGGAUAGAUCACGUGAGUUGGUUACCUUAGGCCGCUGCUCUGAGGGGGCAAGGCUGGAAGGCGGGAUGAUUAGGGGGGUCCCUUUGCGGGGGAUUAGGCAGGAGAGUCCCGAGGUUCGGCCUCCCUGGGGGAUAAACCAGAAUUAGCCCAGUCGAGGAUAGAGGUAAGAGGAACAGAAAGGGGUCCUGGCAUGUAUGGAUGACUGAGACUGGUGCUGUUUAGGAUGAGGGUGAGGACUACAUGGGUCCUAAUCUGUUUCCCGCAUUGAUAAAUAGCAUACAACCAA